AUGCUCGGACUUCGCCAGCAGAGCACGAUGCCUUCGGCCACACACUCGACACUUCACGCCGAGACCCCAGUCUGCAAUCCCAAUGUUGCGUUCUUGGCAACAUUCCUCGAGGGCCUGCAGCUCUCGACAGUGCGACCCCUAUCUGCUAAGGACAUGCACGCCAAAGCCGACCUUGUCAAAGUCUUCGCAGACUUAGGGUUCGUCAUGACCGAGGAUCGUCAUCAAAACUUCUACUUGCUCGCGCGACAUUUCCUCGGCGACGAGAUGAACCGUAUCCAGGACCAAAGGGCGGAGACUGCAGCCCUCAUUGGUGCUGAGUCUUUUCCUGAUCUCAAUGUUCGGGAUACUCUGGAGUACAUCGCUGUCAACUUCGGCGAGACUUUUGGGGAGAGGAUUUGGCCAGCGGAUGUGAAUGGGCGAGGACAUCUCAGGCAGCUGGAUGCGCCUGUGUACGGAGUCGAGGGGACUGGUAAGGGUGUGUCGGGAGCCGAAGAGGGCGGUAUGGACAUGUACACGGCGAGGAAAUCGACUGCGCUGUGUCAAGCCGUCGGCCAGUACCUACGAGUUUCGACUAUGCUGCGAAACGACGAAGACAAUGGCGAGGCUUUGACAGAGGAGACGGCCGAUGCUUUGGUCGGUGCAAUCGUUGCAGUUUCUGGGGUGGAUGAGGUUGAGAUGACUGGGUAG